CGCGCCACGUUCCUCGUUUCGGUGGAGGGCAUCGAGCAUGGGACACCUUGGAGGUUCUUCUCUUUUGGUCGCGCAGCUCAUCUUGCAUCUUAUUCUGGGUGCUGCGGCUCACUUUGUGCCCACCUGCCAUCAGCAGCGAGAAUUCACAUGCAGCGAUGGCACAUGCAUCUCCACUCUGAAGGUGUGUGACGGGCAUACAGACUGUGAGGACCGAUCAGAUGAGCACCACUGCGGCCAUGUGUGGUGUAAAAAAGAUGAAUUUGCCUGCCACAGCAGAAGGUGCAUAUCGAUAGAUUUCUUAUGUAAUGGUGUGGAUGACUGUGCCGAUGGGAGCGACGAGCUUUCCUGCCUGAACUGUGCUGCUGGUUUCUUCUCCUGUGGGCCGUCUGAUGCCUGCCUGCCCAGGAACAGGGUCUGUGACGGGCAGACUGAUUGCAAAGAUGGACGGGAUGAGACCCGGAAGUUGUGUGGCUUUGCUCAAACCCUCCCGCAGACACCCUCGCCAUGUGCUGCGUCAGAGUUUCAGUGCAAAAACGGGGACUGCAUCCGUCACACCUGGAGGUGUGACCAUUCGGAAGACUGCUCUGAUGGCAGCGAUGAGGAAAACUGCGAUCAGGACGAGUGUCAGGUCAAUAAUGGCGGCUGUUCGCAUCAUUGUGUGGAUCAGCCGAUGGGCUUCUUCUGCAACUGUCCCGACAACAUGAAGCUGGUUACUGACAGCCAGUGUGAGGAGGUCGACGUGUGCCUGGAGAGUGACGUAUGUGAUCAGCUAUGUGUUCACAAUAAUGGCAGCAUUACCUGUGAUUGCCACAAGGGCUACAGAAGGAAUUCAACAACUGGGGAGUGCAAAGCUGAAGGAGAUGACGCUCAGCUAGUCUUCACCACUUCCAAAGGAAUUCAGUUGAAAAGCAUUACAAGGUCUGAGUACAAGGAACUAGCCCCACAUUUACCCGGACCAGGGCCCUUGGCGGCUGUGGCUUUUAAUCGCACAGUGUACUGGGCCCAACAAGGAAAAGGCUCCAUAUACAGGAUCUCUAUGGAUGCAAAGCCAGAAAAAGCUGUGUUGGUGCUGAAAGUACAAGGGUCAGUAACCAGCCUGGCAGUGGACUGGAUCCACCAGCUUCUCUACUGGGCCAGUAUAGACAGGGGCUGGGUCAGUGUGGCCUUUCUGAAUGGUUCAGCUCAUCGUCAGCUCAUCACAGGGCUUGACAAACCCUCUGCAGUGGCUGUGGAACCUCUUCAGGGGCUGCUCUUCUGGGCUGAGCGUGGCAGCUCCCCAAAGAUUGAGAGAGCCGGUUUGGAUGGCCGGGACAGAAAACCUCUGGUCACUUCCUCAAUACGCCACCCUGUUGCCCUGUCUCUGGAUAUGCCUCGACAGCUGCUGUACUGGUUUGAUGAGGGAAUGAGAAGAAUCUCCAGAGUAACUCUAGAAGGUCAUCAGCGUAAAACAGUGGUGGAGUCUAAUGGCUAUCUGGACCGGUCCUUUGGACUGUCUGUGUUUGAGGGAUUUGUAUAUUGGAGUGAAGAAGUUACGCGAUCCAUCUGUCGAGCAAACAAGCACAACGGCAAAAACCUCCAAAUAUUGCUGUCUAACAUCACCUCACCGGGUGGCAUGCUCAUUAUUCAUCCCGUUCUCCAACCAAAAGGGCCCUCUGUAUGUGGACGUCCUGGGACAGUUUGCCAGCACGAGUGCGUCAUCGACCUAAUCUCUGAGAGUCCAUUGUUCAGCUGUGUUUCUCCAGAAAUAGGAAAAAACAAAACUCAGGAAAUUCCUUCAAUCUCCUGUGCAAUUCCAGCUUUGUCUGAUCCUGCAUUUGCUGGAAUCCUUUCCCUGAUCAUGUUCCUCAGUGUGCUGCUGGUGGGAAUGGCUGUGUGGUGGUGGAGAGAAGAAUUCAGGCCAUACAGGUCCCUGACUGUGCAAAACCUCCCCCUAAAAGAGUCCCAGGACCCCCUCAUCAUUCAAGGGCCACCGAUGGCUUCAAACACAUGCAUAGUUAAGGGAACUUUGCUUAAGCUGGACUUGGAUGGUGAAUGAAGGAAUGACACAAGUGAUCAGCUGACUGGGUUUCUCCCUGUGAUUCCGGUGGUGUCUUCACUCCUGCCAAGACCUUGGAGCUGACGUGACAACAAGGCAAC